AUGAUAAAAAAUAUCAUUUCAUUGAUCAUCAUUGCUUUUGGAGCAAUAUGUGGAACAUAAUUGACAAUCUAAAUUACUAAUUAAUGCGAAUGCUCGUAAUUUAGUCAAAAUUUUUGUGGAACUUUAUAAAGCGAUUAAACUUGCUAUUGGAAUAGUACUUCUCAAGCUUGUCUACGAAAGGGAUGCUAAUAAUUACAAUCAUAAGAAACUUGUCUUCAAAAUUUUUCUGAAUGUUAUUGGAAUGGAAGCUAUUGUUAAUAAUUUACUUCUUGUUCAUAAUUAACCUAUCAAAAUAUAUCCUGCACUUAAUAAAAUAUUCAAUGCGGCUAAUUUACUUAUAACUCUACAAGUUGUUUGUCAUUAGAUGAAUUGCCAAUAUGUUAAUUUUUUAAUCAAGAUUAAUGUACACCUGAAUAAAUUGGUUAUCAAGGAACAUUAUGUUUUUUUUCAAAUGAUACAUAAUAAUGCUAAACAGCUACAUCAUGUUCAUAAUUAUAAUCAUAAUCUUAAUGUACAUAAUGGAAAAAUACUUGUUAAUGGAAUUCUAUAAAUAAUCAAUGUGUACAAUUACAAUGUGACAACUUUACAAGUUAAUCAACUUGUACCAAUAUCAUCUUAGACCUAAAUCCAUAAACAAUAAUGCCAUGCUAAUAUGUAAAUGGAAUUUGUCAGUCAAUUGAAAGUGCAAAAUAAUUAACUUCUUAAGAUUGUUCAAAUAAGACUUUAUCAACAUAUUAUUGGAUUUAAGCAAAUAAUACUACUGGAACAUGCAUUCCAUGUAGUAUUACUAAUAAAUAUCAACCAAAUAAUAAAUGUUCAUGUUCUAGUUAUCUUAUUCAACAAUGUCAAUCAUCAAGUUAUUGCUAAUGGUCAAAUGGUGAAUGUAAUCCAAUAGAAUGCAAUUAAAUACUUGAUUAGCUAUCCUGUCUUUAAAAUUUAGGAUGUAGUUGGUAUAAUACUUAUUGUUCAACAUUCUACCGUUGUCCUGUAGCAUUUAGUCAUCAACAAUGUAUUGAAAGCUCAUUUAAUUGUUUGAUUUUAAAUAAUAAUAAUUGUUAAGUUUUGUCAGAUAACUCAUGUAGUAAUAUUUAUAACUUAUAGUAAUGCUAAUCUUAAUUAGGAUAUUGUUAUUGGAAUGGAAAUCAAUGCUAAUAGGUUGAAAAAUGUCAACAAAUAACUCAAUAGCGUCAAUGUUAUAGAUUUGGAUAUACCUGCAUCUGGUAAAAUGGUAGAUGUCAAUAAUUAACUUGUAAUAAGAUUUCAUUAAAAAAUAAUUGUAUAUAUACAAUUCCAAAAUUGUAUACAAAUGAUGUUCAACCCUGUGUUUGGUAAAAUGGAUAAUGUUAAGACCUCAAUAGUGUAAAUAGUUUAGAUGCUGCAUAAUGUCAAUUAAUAUCCUUAGAUACUUAUAAAUGGACAGGAUCAAAGUGUAUAAAAUGUAUCGAAUUCUAAUAGCAAAUUUAAAAUUUUUUAGAACUUCCAAAUUAAUGUAAAUGUUAUUAAUUAUUUAUUUAAUAAUAAUGCUAAUAAAUGUCCUAUUGUUAUUGGUAAAGUGGUUAUUGGUCAGGUGGAUAUUGUUUACCUUAUUAAUGUUAAAAUAUCACUAAUUAAACAUCUUGUGUAUCUAAUCCUAAUUGUUUUUGGAUUGAUCAUCAAUGCUUAACAUUCCAAUCUUGUAAUUUAUUAAAAGGAGCAUCUUAAUCGGAAUGCAUAGUUUAAAGCAUUAAUUGUCCAGCAAGUGAUGGAACUAAUUGUCAAGAUAAAUAAUAUUUAUAAGCUUGCUAAUCCUAUCUGAAUUAAAAUUAAUGUUAAUAUGUUUUAGGUAGUGAUGGCAUCUGUUUUUGGCAAAGUAACUUUUGCUAAGUGUUGAGUAAAUGCACAUAAAUAAAAAAUUAAGAAGAUUGCUUAUAAUUUAAAAAAUAAUGUUAUUGGGGUACUAGUUGUCAACCUGCAAGUUGCUCAUAAUUCUAAACUUAUGAAACUUGUUAAUUUUAUUAUAGUUCAAUUAAUUCUUAUACUCCAGUCCCAUGUUAGUGGAAUUCAACAACAAAUGUAUGCACAUAACCAACUAAUUACAUGACUCAACUAAAUUCCAAUAAUUGUUAAACUAACACUAAUAAAGGUGCUAGAUGGAGUUAAACUUUGAAUGCUUGUUUGAGUUGUCAAACUCCUUAGCCCCCAAAUCCGAAAUAGUGUAGCUGUUCUUAACUAAUAUCUUAAAUAAACUGUAUGCAAAGUUUGUAAUGUUUAUGGAAUACUCAAACCAAUUCUUGCUAAUAAUUACCAUGCUAAAAUUUAUAAUAAUCAUUAUGUAUUCAAAAUUCGUAAUGUAUGUGGAUUGGAUCUUGUUAGUAAUUUACUUAAUGUAGUAAUCUAAAGGCUAAUACUUCAUAAGAAUGUGCUGCUUAAUCUCUCUAUUGUCCUUACUACAAUCCUAAUACAUAAAAGUGUUAAGUAGCUUCAAAAGAAGAAAUUUAAGAUUGUUGGGGAUUAAGUUAAGAAAAUUGCAAUUUUCUUAUAACACCAUCAUACUCUUGUAUUUGGAAUACUUAAGAAAAUAUAUGUUUGCUGUAAACUAAUAAUUAUUGUGAUUUGUAUUAUAGUCAAUAUUAGUGUUAAAGCAGUCCCUAUUGUUAUUAUUAAAAUGGAUGUAAACCAAAAUAAUGCUAACAUUUUUAUACUAAAGAAUCCUGCACAUUUUCCAUUAAUCCAUAGAAUUGGAAUUAUAUCUAAUCAUGUUCAUGGCUCAACGGAGCUUGUGUUCCUGCCGAUAAUUUGUUUUCAGAAUAAACUUGUUUCACCAACACAGAUUAAACAGCUAGAUGGAGUUCUAAUAUUAAAGACGGUUUUUGCAUUCCUUGUAAUCUACCACUUCACUAAGUAAUUGUUCCAAAAAACAAAUGUUUGUGUUCUCAAUUUCUAUCUUUUUAAGAAUGUGAGCUUGCUUAAUGUAAUUGGGAAGGAAAUUUUUGUGUUGAUAAAUAUUGUGGAGAUUUUAAUUAAAUUUAUUGUAUUCAACAUCCAUCUUGCUAUUGGAUAUAUUCAAAUAAUAAUUCUUAAGGUGGUUAUUGUGAAAAUAUUGAUUAUAAAGAAUUAAUUUAUUCAAAAGACCCAUGUACAAAAUUACGUGGAAAUAAUUCACUAUAAUGUUUAUCAUAAAGUUUACUUUGUCCUGUUUCUUUAAAUGGAUUUUGA